CGGGCUGCUGCCAUGCGGGCUGCACAGGAGGCGGAGAUCCGUCUGGCCGCUCAGCUACAGGCGGCCCGCAGCAGCGGUGCAGCGGGGGCCGCCGCGGGGGGUGCAGGAGGGGGCGUGAAGGGCCCUGCGCUGCGGGGCAGUGCGAGGAUCACGGAGCUCAGCGAUGCGAGUGAUCCGCAGAUGCUGGCGGCGUUCAUGCAGGCAUGGCGUGCCCAGCCCAGCUUUGCUGUAGCCGUCAUCUCCUCACGACCACUCGCCCUGGAGCCCGAGUUACGGCAACAGCAGCAACAGCAGCUGGGCAUGGCGACCGCUGGGACUACCGGCGGGGGCCUGGCUUCCUCCGCUGUUGGGCGUGUCGCAGCCCCUGAUGGCUCCCGUUCCUCCGCUGUGGACGCAUGUCUGACGGUGCCUGGGCCGCCCUGCGCCGCAGUCCUGCAACAGCACAACCCGCAUGCAGCUGCAUGGGGCAAUGCCGGCGCCAGUCCGGGUACUGAUGGGGUUAGGGAAGCGCCCGCGGAGCUGAAAGGGGGUCAGGGACAGAGACAGCAGCAGCGGCGGCGGCAGCACGGGUCUGCGGCGCAGGUAGCUGAAGUUGAUGGUCUGGUGGUGACAUGGAGCCACACAGAGGCUGUGGUCCUGACGUUUACCGGUAGCGCACACAGCGAGUCGACGGAGGGCGACAGCAGUGCGGGUGAUGAGGCGGCUGGCGUGGGGGGCAAGCGAAAGGCCGCGGCGCAGUUGCCGCGGCCAGCCAAGACCGGUGGCAAGCCACCGGCAGCGGCCGCUCGUGCAGGCGCUGGUAGCGAGGAGGAUGCCGGGCGUGGUGAGGUGCCACAUGCCGACAAGGCUUCAGGCGGGGCCACCUCGGGGAAUGCUCGUACAGCAUCCGCACUGUGGCGUGCCGCUUGUGAGGUGCUGGGUGCAGCUGCGUCAUGUAAGGUCUGCUGGCACGCGGAGGCGCAGCUGGCAGCGCUGAUGGCGGCGGGGUGUGACCCGGCGGGUCAGUGGGACGACCCGCAGGUGAUGGCAUGGAUGGCGCAAGGCACGGCAGGGCCGCAGGAGUUCACCCUGCCGGAGCUCCAGCGCUCCGUGCUGCCCGCCUACGCGGUGCGGGUUCCGCUGCAGCACCGAGCCGCCGCCACCGCUGCUUGCCGUACGGCAUUGGGGGCCUGGGCGCUGGCACCGCCGCUGAGGGCCAUGAUGGCGGCGGAGGGAGCCGCAACGCACUACAGGCUGGUCGAGGCGCCCCUCACGCUGGAGCUCGCCCGCAGUCGCCUACACCUGCUCGGGCGCCACCAAACCGCCCAGCCUGCACCCGCGUCACCCCCGCAACAACCGCCGCCGCCGUAUGUGUCUUCAGCCGCUGGAAACCCAGCCGCCUCAACUGCAGCAGCCUUGGCAGCAGCAGCCGGACGCCAAGAGGUUGACCCACAAGCCAGUAGCACCAGCCACCGUGCCAGCUCUGGAACCGCCGGCAUGCAAGCAACGAACGCCGGGGUCUCCCCACUCCCAAAGUUCGCCUGCGGAGGACUGACGCUCAAUGAAGCCGCUUGCCGCUCGGAGCUAUCGCGAAUGACUGCCAGUCAGGAUGCAUGCGAGCGCCUUGUAUCUCACAUCCUUGGCCAGCCUGUGGACCUAUCCCAGCCAGCAACAUUGGAGGCCUUAUGCGCACGUGAGUACCUCCAUCGCCGGCCGGGAGUGCUACCACCGGACUUGCAGGUCCAGUGUCCCAUGGGUCGGCGGCAGCCGCGCUUCCAGGCGUUUUACGCCAGGGCGGGCCUGCCGCCACGCGAGCGCGCACGGGCCGAGGCACUGUCGGCGUUGCUGACUCGACACGCAGCGGCGACGGAGAUGGCGGCUGCGUUGCGAGCCCUGCUUGCGGCCUCUGAGGAGGCUGAGGCGGCAGCGCCGGCAGCAGCAGCGGCGAAGGAGGGAUGCCGUGACCCAGCGGCAAGGACUGCCGGCGGUUCGGACCGGGAGCUCAGCCCUGAGCCAGGGCGCAAUGGAGUAGAGGCGGCGGUUUAUCCUGCGGGCGGUAGCGGAGCCGUAGCAGCAGCGGUUCCGGAAAGUGGAUGCGGCGGUGCAGCCCGCUUCGCGCUGCAUCGAGCCGGAGUGCAUGGGCGUUUGGGAUUUGUGUUCUGCCAGGAUGCAGGCAAUGCCGCUGGUCCUGCGGCGGCCACUGCAUCUGCAUCGGACGCUGCUGACGCCGCCGCUGCUGCUGAUGGGUUGGUGGUGGUCGGGGAGCUGAGCAGUGCUCCCGUGCCGGCGCCCUCACUGCAGCAGCAGUACUGCAGCAGCGCGGAGGGAGAGCGGUACCUUCAGGGCCAGCUGCCCCUACCAGUCCUUUUCCUGGACUCCCCCCUGCCGCCGGACCCGCAUCCCGGCCAGCAUCCGCCCCACCCACCGCCCGGUCC